GAGGGACAGAGGCAUAGAGCUAGCUAAUAAAGACUGUUAUGUCCAAACCCAAAAGGCCAGCCAUGACCAAACUAAGCACCACCUACACCAUCUCCACUACCACCCCAACCGUUCUCCUUCUCAACGCCGUUACAAAUGCCGUCGCCUUUCUUAAUUCUCCGUUAGUCUCCCUCUCUCCUUGCCGCAAUGCCUCACUCAGCGGGCCACUCCGCCGCCACUGCUAGCUUGUACUGCAGCGAGGAUGUCGUCGACGUCACUUCCUUGGACGCAGAUACGUGGAUCUCCAAUCAGACUUCAUCAUCGUCUCUCUCCGUUCAUCCUCCGCCCUCCGAUGAGUCCACCAUUUCCGCGCUCGUCGACUCGGAACUCCUCCACUUUCCCAUCCCGGACUACCUCAGACGCUGUCGUGACCGCUCGAUCGACGUCACCACUCGCCAAGACUCCAUCGACUGGAUCUUAAAGGUGCACGCGUACUAUAACUUCAGGCCGGUUACAGCGUUCCUCUCCGUCAACUACUUCGAUCGUUUCCUCUCGUCCCAUUCUUUACUGCAGCCAAAUGGGUGGCCGCUUCAGCUGCUAUCAGUGGCGUGCUUGUCUCUAGCGGCGAAAAUGGAGGAACCCCAGGUCCCACUCCUACUGGACCUCCAAGUGUUUGAGCCCAAGUUCGUGUUCGAUCCCAAAACGGUGCAGCGAAUGGAGCUCCGGGUCAUGUCCCUUCUCAAUUGGAGAUUGCGCUCGGUCACACCGUUCGAUUUUCUCGACUAUUUCAUCUCCAAGCUUCCAUCUUCUUCCACUCCAAGAUCCGAGCUCUUCAACCUGGUCUUCUCCGCUUGCUCGGAUCUCAUUCUCAGCACCACCCGCGUGGUAGAUUUCUUGGGUUAUGCGCCAUCGACAUUAGCAGCAGCGGCUGUGCUUUGUGCUACUGCUGAUGCUUCUGAUUCACCGGUGGUCGAUGGCAAAUUGCCUGUUGUUUUUCACGAGAGAGUAAACAAAGAAAGGGUGAGAAGCUGUCACCAACUAAUGGUGGAGUACCUGACUGACACGUGCACGGCAGCUUGCCCAAAAGACGGGAGAUCUAAGCCGGCGGCUCCGCCCAGCCCAGUCGCGGUGCUGGACGCCGCUGACUGUGGAAGCUGCGAGACGCGUUCCGAGAACCCCGCCACUAUUGGCUUAACCGUGGCGGAAGAGGAGCGGCCUAUCAAGUGGCAACGAUCCUCUGCCCCGGAUUUACAGCAGCACUAGAUAAGCCCAAACCGGUUUUAUUUAUCUCUCCUUUUCUUUUAGCGUCAAUUUAAAGUUUUAUUUUUUUAUAAUUUGGAUUAUAAAAUGCACGGUCGGGAUUGCAAGAAGGUAGGUAGGUAUUAGGAAAGAGAGUUUUUUUUUUUUUAAUUUCCUUUUUUGUUUCGUUAAAAUCGAUAAAUGAUAUAUGAUAAGAGUAAGAUGAUAUAUUGUAGUUGAUGAUAUGAUGCUGUUAUAUAACCACUUUUGAAGUAAAAGCUGC